AUAAGUUAUAUAUUGAAUCGAUAAAGACAUCUCCAGAAUUAAUACCAAUAGACAUUUAUUUUAUUCUCAAAAUAGGUGAACAUUGCCAAUUUUCAAAUAUCUUAAGUGUAAAUACAUAAUUGUGCAUGAUAUGUUUUAGUUGUAAUAGCAAUCUUAAACUUGUAAUAUGUGCAUUUAGUAUUAACUCAGAGAAAAGUAGCCAAUAUCUAUAGAAUGUUGGGCAUAUGAUUAACAUUUAGUACCAAAAGCAUUCUUUGGCAAAGAAACAUUAACUAAUACAACUCGCAAGAUAACAUUAGAUGGAAUGGAAAUUUAAAUUCGUCAAUCUUAAUAGGAAAGAAGCAGAACCCCAGAGAUUGCUAUGAAAAGAGAUACUUCACCCUUCGGAAGAAGAGAUUUAACUCCAAAAAGAGAGAAAAAAUGA